CCGCAGGUUGAUCGUCUUGGCUGCAGAUGAGCAGAGAGAAAACAUUGGAGGGAGCGAGAAGGGGGCUGGAGGAGCAGUGCCUUGGGCAGGCGAAUUAUGCGGGCACUAGGCGAGCGCUGAGAGAAUGGCGGCGGUGGAAGCUAUCCAUUGCAAUCUGAAUCCUAAUGGCAUUGAUCGUCCUGUCCACGCAGAAGAUAUUAACCUGUCACUUGAAGGUGAAGGAGUUGAGUUGCCCUCACGUAAGAACGAUAAUACUCGGAAGGUGCUUGAGUCAAAAGGAACACCCAAGAGACAGCAGGUGGAACCAGAAACAUCUAAGUCUGGUACUGUGAAACUGACAAAACCAGUAGCUCUGUGGACCCAGCAGGAUGUCUGCAAAUGGUUGAAGAAACACUGCCCUAAUCAGUAUCAAAUCUACAGUGAGUCAUUCAAACAGCAUGACAUAACGGGCCGUGCAUUGCUGAGGCUUACUGACAAGAAGCUUGAACGAAUGGGGAUUGCCCAGGAGAGCCUACGACAGCACAUUUUGCAGCAGGUGCUUCAGCUGAAAGUGAGAGAAGAAGUCCGAAAUUUACAAUUACUUACACAAGCCCCAACAGAGACUUCUCCAUAAACACUACCAGCCUCUAAAGCUUCUGUCCUACCAGGUGAUAUGAAAGUGAACUUUACUUCGUGAAAAGCAUAACAAAUGGCACUGCCAGAAGGUGACCAAGGAGAAUUGAAAGAUUAACUGAAAUACAACCAUUCAGUCAAGAUGAUACAUUCUGGAAAGUCCUGGUUUGCUGUGGUAUUAAAAUGUGGUGCAUAAAAUACAGUGCUAAUUUGUUCAAAGUGGUCAUUGACAGACCAUUAGCUGGAAAAUUGUUUCCAGUUUUCAUCACUGUGCAUAACUUUGAGUUCCCUUUAGGGGACUAUCUGUGCCCUUCACUAGAAGUCCUGUUUUAGCAUGGCAACUACUGGAUUAUUUUAUUAUGUAUGCAGAUGGCAUGAUGAUGUUUUAGGAAAAACUUACAGCAGUUCUCCAACCUCAGUAAAAAUGUUCACAAUAUUACACCCCCAAUAGGAAUGUAAACGUCUUGUAUAUGUUAGUUAUACAGUCUAAUGGUAUUCUGUUUAACUAUAUGUGAUCUCCACACAGAAGAGUUAGCACAUUCUAUACAUGUCAGGAAAGGUCUUUUCUUUAUUUCAAUACUAAAAUACGUUUCAGUACCUACACUGAGACUGUAUCUAAAAUAGAGCCCAUACUUGCAUAUAUUCACAGAUUCAUGGGAGAUUGCAUAAAUGGAUUUGCUCAUGGCAUGUAUGCCACUAGAGAUAUUUUAUUGAGACUUACUGAACAGCUGUCAUGGAGGUAGCCAGGAGUAGGGGAGGUUGAAUGGGCUGUCAAACAUUGUGUCUGCUGUCCCCCGCCCUCACCAAUAAACCAAGCAGUCCGCAUUUCUGUUGUGCCAAUGUGAGGUUCCCAUUAAAUUGUAAAGGAAAAGAUUCCUUCUUUGAGAUACAUUGUGCCCAUGUCUUUGGUCUACAUUAAACACAGGAGAGACUGGAGACAUCCUGGUUCUUUUGGGAGUGGGGCGAUGAAUCACAACUUGCAGAGUCCAAACAAAACCUCUUGAAGAUAGUAAAGAGUGAGAGGUGGACUAGAUGCUCCCACUCUGUAUGGCUCCUCGUAGAGGACAGACACGUCCAUUAACAUUUCCUCCUCUUUCUACCCAAAACCCCCUUUUUUUUUUUUUUAGUCUGAACUGGGGUUAAGGUAAAUGGUUCUAAUAACCCUUUGGGCAUUCUGUAGCAGGCUCGAGACUGUUGCAUUCAAACUGAGCAUUAUUAUUUGUUGUUCAGUCUCUAAGUGGCUGACAUCACGGGUUGUGCCACAGCUGGCUGUGGUACAGUUUUCAUCCAUGGGGACUUAAUGGAAGUACUUUUCAUCCCACUCCUCACAUUGGGGCCUAUUUGAAACAGACUAUUUACAAUGAAGUAAAUUAAAUAGUCAGCAGCAUCACAAGGGACCAGCCUGGUGGUUCUUGCAGUUCCUAAAUCAAAGAUGGCACUUUGGGUAGCCAAAGAACAUCUUUCUCUCCAGCCUAAUGGACUAACAUUUAGUCCAUCUGCCAAACCUGUAGAGAGCCUUCCAUGUUGGAGACUUAGAUACCAAUAGUGGAGAGAAGAUGAAUCUUAAUGGGAUUACAGUAAGACAAAGAGCUAUUUUUGAGGGAGUUCAUGUGAUACACGCUUAGAAGCUAUUCUAUACCCUACUAGCGAUUGUAAGAUCAACCAGUUAGAGCACCAAUGCACCCAAAGUGUAUAUUUUUGGCUUUUUCAGAUGGGUGUGGAUUUAUGUCAGAACUUUUCACCCAUCCCUGGUAUGUAAACAGUAUAUAUACUUUUUGGACAGAUAUAAAAAAAAAUCAGGCUCAGCAUGUUGGCUACAGUAUAAUAUCAAUUUAGAACACAAUUAUAAUUAGUUAGGGCCAAGAUUUUCAAAAGUAUCUAGUGAUUGUUGGGUGCUUAACUUGACACUUUAAAGGAGCCUGAUUUUCAGAAAAUGCUGAAAACCAGGUCUCUUUAAAGUUUCUCAAAUUGGGCAUCCAGAACUUUCAGGCAUCCAGAAUCACAAGUCACUCUUGAAAAUCGUGGACUUUAAUUUAGAUUGGUUAGAAAAACUCCAAUAAAGGCAUAAGAACAAUAUCCU